ACCCCUCCUCCCCUACCACCACCACCACCACCACCACCUUGCCCACGUCCCCUCCGCUUCUGCUGCUUUACUUCUCUCUCCUUCUCUCGCACGACCUCCGAACGAAAGCCCCCCAAUCAUUCGCGUCUUCGCAGCUUUUGUGAUUUGAUCAGCAUAUUGAAGAUGGCGGCAGCUGAUGCUUCACGAGAGGAAAAUGUGUACAUGGCCAAGUUGGCUGAACAGGCCGAGCGUUAUGAGGAAAUGGUGGAAUUUAUGGAGAAAGUUGCCAAGACUGUUGAUGUCGAGGAGCUUACUGUUGAGGAACGUAACCUCCUCUCCGUGGCGUACAAGAAUGUGAUCGGUGCCAGGAGGGCUUCAUGGAGGAUCAUCUCUUCCAUUGAGCAGAAGGAAGAGAGCAGGGGAAAUGAGGACAAUGUUGUGAUUAUCAAGGAGUAUAGGGGGAAGAUUGAGACUGAGCUCAGCAAGAUCUGUGAUGGCAUUCUCAGUCUCCUUGAGUCGCAUCUCAUUCCAUCAGCCUCAUCUGCUGAGUCAAAGGUGUUCUAUCUGAAGAUGAAGGGUGAUUACCACAGGUACUUGGCUGAGUUUAAGGCGGGAACUGAGAGGAAGGAGGCUGCUGAGAGCACCUUGUUGGCUUAUAAAUCUGCUCAGGAUAUUGCUUUGGCUGAGCUGGCUCCGACUCACCCUAUCAGGCUUGGACUUGCUCUUAACUUCUCUGUGUUUUAUUAUGAAAUUCUCAACUCACCCGAUCGUGCCUGCAGUCUGGCUAAAAUGGCAUUCGAUGAGGCUAUCUCCGAGCUAGAUACAUUGGGCGAGGAAUCAUACAAGGACAGCACAUUGAUUAUGCAACUUCUCCGAGAUAACCUAACACUCUGGACUUCUGAUGUCACGGAUGAAGCUGGAGAUGAGAUCAAGGAAUCUUCGAAACGGGAGUCUGGUGAGGGGCAACCACCGCAGUGAUGAGCUCCAUUCAUGAAGAUGGCUUCUCUGUACUUGGAGACUGUGAACUCUUAUGUAGACAGUGCUUUGUUAUAACAUCAUUUUGUAAUCAACGCCAUGAUCUUAGUACUUGCACUACUUUUAGGUGAAAGUAUUAUGGGAUUGUGAACUUUUCUCUGGUUAUUUUAUGGGAAGAGAUUGACUUGAUGCA